AAGCAUCAUCUCUACCAAAAUCUUCAAAACAAACUGAAUUAAUGACAGCAUUUUAUUUAAGUGCAACACCUUCAACAAAACGAACACAUUCGUUUACUUAUAAUCCAUUAGAACAACUAUCGAAAUCUCAGACAAUUACGAAUGGUAUAAAAUCUACUCAUGAAUGUCCUUUUUAA